AUGGAUGAAAUUUCGAAACAUCAAAGGCAUGUGGCUUCGGAGCAGUGGGCAGCCCCCUUCAAGAAAAAACUGCAGUGCAGCGAUGACCGAUACUCACGCAAUGGAGAUAUUGCUAACAUUCGCUCCCUCGCCCUCGCUCUCUUCGCCUCCCGCAACCUCAAUGAAGUCAAGAGCCUCAACAUUCUCGAGAUCAUUUUGGAAAAACUUGAGACAGAACGUGCCAACAAAACUGAAUUUGUGAAUCUCCAAUGCGUCCCAUUGCUGAUUCACCACAUGGCGAAAAAUCAAGAAAGCAGAGAUACUCAAACGAUAUCUUGUCAGGUUCUCACUUCUUUAUCCAUCGACGAUGAGACAUCCCAAACGGAGAUUGGAAUAAGGAGUGGAAUCGAAGCUACUGUAAUCGCGCUGCGUAAAUUCAAUAGAGAUCCAAUCGUAUGCAGGGCUGCUUUCUCGGCCCUGAGAAACUUAGGUAUGGUUGCAGACAAUCGAAAUCAAAUGAUAGCUCUGGGCGUCUUGGAAUGCAUAGUCGACAGUCUGGAACACUUUAUUGAAGACAGCAUCCUCACCGAGAACGCCGUUGCCACUAGUGCCCGUAUUGUCUUCGGGCAUCGCAAGGCUCGGGUUGCGUUUGGAGAAAUGGGAGGCAUUGCCCUGAUUACGUCGGUUAUGCAAAGAUAUGAGUUUCUUUCAGAGAUACAAGGUGAGGCUGGCCUUGCUAUUCGCAACUUGGCUUUUCAGUGUUCUCCAAAUCACAGCCAUAUGCUUAAAGCUAACACCAUCAAUUCUCUCUUCAGAGGACUGCGUAUUCAUGCGGACAACUAUUCGGUAGCAAAUCAAAUGAUUGCUGCAAUUGGCAAUACAAUAUCUCUGGAUUGUGAUGCCAGGCAGCGCGUGCUCGAUGAGAAAAUUUAUAUCACUCAAACAUUCCGGACCCUUACAAUCUACUCUUCAGAUAUCUUCACCGUCCGAAAACUUGUGACCGUGCUCUUUCACCUUUGUGCGAAUGACCAGCGAUCUAACAAAUCUAGCUCGAGAACUUUGUCCAUAUGUUGUACGAAAGAAGGCCUAUGCUCAGGAAUAGUGGAAGCAAUGCGCACUGCAUUGAAAGAAGAUGGCGCUGUUUUGGCCAAGCUUGCCAUUAUAGCGCAUGAGCUUUGUCUUGAGAAGACAUUCAAACAAAAGAUCGGUGAGUGUUACAUAAUCAACGUCCUCUUGAAGGCGCUGGCUUCAUCCGAUUCAGACAUCCUUCGGGAUCUAUUGCUCUGCCUCAUUGCCGUUUUAUCUUCAAGUCCUGAAAAUGUUCAAAAAUUUAACGGAGGGCGAGGAUGUAAUAUUGUUCUAAGCGUGAUGAGAGAGAAUGGUCGAAAUGAAGAUGUGGUUCUGCAAUGCUGCAAGACUUUGGAUACUGUAGCAGAGGGAAAUUUUUUGACAUCUCCGCAAUUUUUUAGCACAAAACAAGAGGUGGCUUCAGUGGUCUUCAAAGCGAUGAAGGACUUCCCAGAAGCUGCCCUCGUUCAAGAGCACGGUUGUUCUUUGUUGAUCAAAAUCGCUGGAAUCAGCCGGGAGGAAUGCAGUCAGAUGGUGAAAGUUGGUGUUCGAGAUACGGUUGAGAUGGCCCGGGCAACUCAUUCGGGAAACACAGUAGUGGAAUCCUUAUCAACUAGACUUCUUUCUCUUUUGAUGAGCGAUCACUCUUUGAAGAAAAGCAGAAGUGUCCUAGAGACUGACGUAUUCUGA